AUCACACAUCACACAUCUUAUACUGAUGUGUCUGUAAGACCUGACACCAUUCUACAGCAUCUUAAGAAUCCCCGUGAGCGGCUAUAGACAUGAAGACUCCCGAUAACACCAAGAUCUGGACGCCUUCCUGGAAAUUCCUGAUUAUUACUGUCCUCCUAGGAGCCAAUAUUGUUCUCAUCCGUAUUAUCGAAGCACUUGCUAAACACUCCGAAAUUCUGCAUGAGCUCUGUAUGAACAGCAGUGACGUGCCCGGAGUUUGUCAGCGCCUUUAUAACCACCAUCCAACAAAGCAAAGUAAUGCUGAAUAUAAAAGACUACGUCAGGAGCUCUGUGUGAACAAUGCUAACAGUGCUUCAGGUUGUCUUCUGUGUCCUAAUGGUUGGAUUCUACAUGGAGACGACUGUUAUUACUAUUCAGAUGUACCAGACAGAACAUGGGACCAGAGCCGGGAUCAGUGUGAGAUGAUGGGAGCUGAUCUACUGGUCAUAAAGAACCAGGAACAGAAGGAGUUUAUACAGAGAGAUCUCAGACAGCGGGGAGAGAAGACAUACUGGAUAGGACUUUACCAUGAUGGAGACGGCUGGAGAUGGGUGGAUGGAGAACAUCAUAACAGCAGCUUGAUCCAGAUGCAGACACAAUCAUCAGGACGCUGUCUAUCAAUGACUAGAGCUGAUUAUUAUCAGGAGAACUGCAGCUCUACUAACAGAUGGCUCUGUCUAAAGAAAGCCGUGAGGAUCUGACCUUGUUCCCAUAAGAUUCAAUAAAAGUACAUGAAACGGAAUAAAUAUCUAGAUAUAUGUCAUUAGAUCUGUACAAUGAUCCCACUACUUGUAAUGACCUCGGGUUGUGAUAUUUUCAUGUUAUUAAGGUCUCUCCUGGGCCAUAUGUCUGACGGACUCCCUGGGCAGUAUCUUCUGUUGUGGCAGUUUUUUGUUCCCGUUACAGGGAAAAGUGUCCUUUUUGUCAGCACUGUUACGGAAACCCUCUUCUCUGGAAUUUGGGAGAGACUACAAAAUGGCCAACAUUUCCGUCAGUGUGAUUCAAAUUGAUUCCUUUACGAUGCAUCAGAGAACAAGAAAGACAUAGAUACAAUGUUUCCAAGUAUUUUUCUCUGGGGAACAGUGCCCUACAGAGAAUUGUAUUAUAAGCAGACAUAAUUAGGCAAGAUUACAUUCAUCAAAUCAGUUUAAAGCAAAACUUUACAUUAACUGUGAAGACUAAACAUGACGCAUAUUACAUGUAGUAUGAUUAGGGCUUGUCCAGUUUGAACCAUCCCACAGCUUAUGGACUCUAAAUGACCAUACAAUUAGAGUGACAAAGGAAUAUGUGUAAGAUAUUUGGUAAAUGCAGAACUCAUCUUUAUCAUUUUCCCUCUUUUUCUCAUUUACAUACAUCAACAGCCAACUACUGUACCUCUCCCUAGUGGUAGUAGGGGGACUAUCCCAUCUCUUCACCCAUUCAUUGAGCUGUGUUCUUGACUUCCUGGGAUGGAAGAUCUUUUGG